AUGUUAGCACUGGACAGAGACUCCAGGAUCGUGGGUUCUAACCUCUUCAUGCUGCAGUGGGUGCCCGCGGGCGAGGUUUGGAGCAGCCAAAAGAGAAAACCCGACGUGAGGAAACACAAGAUUGAGUACCAGAACCAUCUGGGAGGGGAGGGCUGCGCCUGGCCGGCCUGCGCGGGCCCCUGCGCGGCGCUGCGCCUGCGCCUCGCGCCCGACGCCGACCUCGCCGAGCUGGAGCUCGGGGCGCCGCUGCGGCCCGGCCGCCGCUACGAGCUCAGCCUGCGCUUCGCCGCGCGCCGCGCCCGCCAGGGGCUGUUCCUGUCCGAGUACGGCGAGGCAGGCCGCCGCGGGGCCCUGAUAGCGUCUCAUUUGGAGCCAACCUUCGCCAGGACCGUCUUCCCCUGCCUGGAUGAGCCGGCUCUGAAGGCCACCUUCAACAUCACCAUCAUCCACCACUCCAGCUACGUGGCCCUGUCCAACAUGCCCCCGCUGGGUCAGUCAGAGAUGGUGGACCAGGACGGAAGCCGGUGGACCGUCACCACGUUCCACACCACACCCCCGAUGCCCACGUACUUGGUGGCAUUUGUGGUGUGUGACUUUGACUGCGUCAGCAGGACGGAGCGGGGGAAAGAGAUCAGCGUGUGGGCCCGCGCAGACGCCAUUGCCCGCGGCCACGCCGACUUUGCCCUGAACAUCACGGGCCCCAUCUUCUCGUUUCUGGAGGAUUUAUUUAACAUCAGCUAUCCUCUUCCGAAGACAGAUCUCGUCGCUCUGCCCGUCUUCGACGCGCGGGCCAUGGAGAACUGGGGGCUGCUGAUGUUUGAUGAGUCCCUGCUGUUGCUGCCACCCAGCCAGGAUCUGGCAGAAAAAAAGACUCUCAUCUCCUACAUCGUGUCCCACGAGGUUGGACACCAGUGGUUUGGAAAUUUGGUCACCAUGAAAUGGUGGAACGACCUUUGGCUUAAUGAGGGCUUUGCGUCGUACUUGGAGUUUGGGGUCACGAGCCACUUCAACCCCACGCUCCCCAAGAAUGAGCUCUUUUUUUCCAACCUGUUGUAUGGGGUCCUGAGAGAAGACCACGCCCUGGAGUCCAGGGCCGUGUCGGUGAAGGGGGAGAAUUUCACGGGAACCAAUGAGAUCGUCGGCCUGUUUGAUUUAUUCACAUACUACAAGGGAGCGUCUCUGGUCCGGAUGCUCUCCUGUUUCCUAAAUGAGCACUUAUUUAUCGGCUCCCUGAGGUCGUAUUUGGAGGCGUUUUCUUACUCGAAUGCUGAGCAAGGUGACCUGUGGAGCCAUUUUCAGAUGGCCAUAGAUAACCAGACUCAGAUCGUUUUGCCAGCGACGGUGAAAGCCAUCAUGGACACGUGGACGCAGCAGAGUGGCUUUCCCGUGGUCACCUUAAACGCCUCCACUGGUGCCGUGACACAGGAGCCCUUCUACCUGGAGAAGGCUGAGAACCGGACGCUCCUGGCCCACAAUGGCACGUGGAUUAUCCCUAUUGGCUGGAUGAGGAGCGGAAAGGCACCGUCUUUAGUCUGGCUGGAGAAAGACAGCAAAGUGUUCCCUGAAAUGCGGCUUUCAGAGUCUGACCGUGACUGGGUGAUUUUAAAUCUGAAUGUGACGGGAUAUUAUAGGGUUAAUUAUGAUAAAUUAGGUUGGAUGAAGUUAAGUGAGCAGCUUGAAAGAGAUCCUAAGGCCAUCCCAGUGAUACACAGACUACAGUUGCUGGGCGAUGCGUUUUUCUUGUCUAAGAACAACUACGUGGAGAUUGAGACCGCGCUCGACCUAACCAAGUACCUUGCAGAAGAAGAUGAGAUCAUCGUUGUCUUGGUAAACUUGGACACCAGGCACCUUGUUUCUGAUGCCAACAACUACGACUCACACCUGUUACUGAAGAAGUAUCUGCUGAAGAGACUCCACCCCAUCUGGGAGGUGUACUCGGCGGUCAUCCGGGAGAGCCCCGCGGCUUUGGAAGAUGACUUUCUGGCUCUCCUGUCGCUGGAAAAGCUGUUCAGAACCGCGUGCUGGCUGGGCCUGGAAGACUGCCUGCAGCUUUCCAGAGAAUUCUUCCGCAAGUGGAUGAGCCGCGGAGACAAUGGGAUUCCGCGUCUGAUCAGGGAUGCGGUGCUGUGCUAUGGCGUUGCCCGGGGAGGCGACGAAGAGUGGGACUUUCUGUUCCGAGUCUACGUGAACACCACGAGCGAGGACCACAGGCUUCCUCUGGCGUACGCCCUGAGCUGCAGCAGGGACCCCUGGACGCUGAACAGAUUCAUGGAGCACGCCAUCACCGGAUCCCCCGCCGAGACCAACGACACAGACUUCACGGCCAUGGACACAAACAUCCUAGAAAUCGUAGCGGGGUCGGAGGUCGGCCUGUAUGUCGCAAAAGACUUCCUCCUCAGCCACCGACAAGCCGUGGUUGAGAGGUACGGGACGGAGUCGCUGGAGACGUUGUUGUAUGUCUUGGCGAGGACGCUAAGCACCGACCUGCAGGUUGCAGAGCUGCAGCGGGCCUUCGGAAGCAUGUUGAGUGAGGACCAGAGCACGGCCGUGCACGCCAGGCUGCAGAUGAUAAAGAACGAGAAUCUGAAGAGCCGAGAGCGGGGGCCCAGGAUAGCCGCGUGGCUCCGGAGGACGCAGAGUCGCUACGAGCCAGAGAUGGUUGUGGGAUCUGUGAAGUGGCCUUUUGGUCCCCGUUAUGGGCUCUGGGUUCCGGUGUGA